AGUCUCCAGCAUAUAUAAUAUACCAUUUCUGAUAAAAUUAAUAUUGGCAAACUUCAAAGACUAAUAUAAUGGCCCUUCAAUGGCUGAGCUUGGUGGCCACCAUAUGGCUGCAAUCCAUCAACGGGACAAACUUCAACUUCCCAUCUUACUCAUCCCAACUCAAGCGACUCCUCUCUAUGUCCCAGCUCCAACUCAACAACCUCGCCUUCGCCUCCGACGCCGGCAAGCUCCUCGGCUUCUUGGCCGGCAUCGCCGCAGUCCACCUCCCCCUCUGGCUAGUCCUCAUCAUCGGCUCUCUCCUCGGCCUCCUCGGCUAUGGCUUCCAGUACCUUUUCAUAAUCAACCGCAUCUCUUCUCUCUCUUAUUUCCAGGUUUUCUUGCUCACUGUCCUGGCCGGAAACAGCAUUUGCUGGAUCAACACGGCCUGCUACAGCCUCGCCAUUCACAACUUCCCGUUUGAUCGCCAGCUCGCCGUGGGGAUAUCAACUGGGUAUCUGGGAUUAAGCGCAAAAAUAUACACUGACAUAGUCGACGCCGUGUUUCCCUCUUCUCCGACCGACAGAGCCGAGGCUUAUCUUUUGCUGAACUCCGUUUUGCCUUUGGUGGUUUGCGUUCUAGCCUCGCCGAUCAUCCGAGACAUAAACAGUGGGAAAUCCAGGAGAAUGGAAGCUGGGUUUCUUGUAAUGUUUGUGAUAACAAUAGCCACCGGAGCGUACGCGGUGGCCACCAGUUUCGGUCCAACAUCGAGUACUGGGUUGUCGCCAUUAAUGAUCUUGAUUGGAAUGGCAAUGUUUCUUCUGGCUCCGCUUGUGGUUCCGCUGGCCGAGCAAGCCAUGGAAAAGCUGCAAAAGAAGUGCUGGAUAAGGAGAGAUGAGAGAAGAGUGCAUGAUCUGGAUAUAGAUGAGGUCUCGAUUGAUAACAGCUUUGAAAGGGGAGAGGAAAAUGGGGGCAAAGAGGGGGAGCCCAGUAGAGAAGUUCAUGAAUUCAGUGAGAGGGAGGAGAUUGGAGCGAAGAUGAUGCUAAUGAAGGUGGAUUUUUGGCUUUACUUCUUUAUUUAUAUGUUUGGUGCCACGCUUGGGCUGGUCUACUUGAACAACUUGGGACAAAUAGCUGAAUCUCGAGGGUUCGACAGAACUUCUUCUCUGGUCUCCAUCUCUUCUUCCUUUGGCUUCUUCGGUCGCCUCCUCCCUUCUCUCCUCGACCACUUCUCCAGGAGCAAAUCCAUUGGUUCAAGGCCAGCGUCCAUUGCGGCAAUGAUGGCUCCAAUGUCAGGUGCUUUCUUCUUGCUGCUCAAUGGCACCAACCUCUCCCUCUACAUCAGCACCGCCGCCCUAGGUCUAUGCUCCGGCGCUAUUACUUCCAUCGCCGUCUCCACAACCGCCCAGCUCUUCGGGCCUAAGAACUUCGCGGUAAACCAUAACGUUGUGGUGACCAAUAUCCCAGUUGGGUCCUUUCUCUUUGGCGAUUUGGCAGCUCUGCUUUACCGCCAACACAGCAGGGAAAUAGGUGGAAGAUGCAUGGGCACGGCAUGCUACCAGACCACAUUCAUCAUCUGGGGCUCUAUUUGCUUUCUCGGAACUUUACUGGCUUUAGUUCUACAUGAAAGAACCAAGAAAUUAUUCUCGCAUAGCUAGAUAAUAGGAGGAUUAAUGAUGAUUCAUAUGCUAAUUAGUAAGACUUUCCUUCAGAGUUUCUAACAUAUAUAUAUAUAUAUAUGGCUCUAAUAUGGGGAGGUUUUCGUGUACUAAUUCAAUACGAAUACUAUGAUUUUAACCCAUCAAAAUUGACGAUCUGUUCUUUUCACACAUAUUUGUAAUGUCAAUGUAGUACUCAAUUGUAGUGCUUAAUUGAUAUAUAGAGAUUUGAGUGGUGGAAUUGAUGUCUUGGAUUAUGAAGAAUCUUUUGGGCUGC